GUUCUCUGGAGAUUUCUUCUUUGUGGAGCCUUUUUGUGGAGAUCGAUGCUGCUAGGAAUUCCCUGAGAAAAGCAGGAAGCAGGAGUUGGGUGGGAAGAAAGAACAUGUCAAAAACAGCAUCUGCAGCAGAGCCUGACUGACUGUAGGGAUUCAGCUGGUUCCAGACUCAGUGAUUAGCUUGACUCGGUUUUAACCAGCCAAGGAAGGGGCUACACAGGGCGGCGGAGCUGAGAACUUCUGCUUCAGCUCAUUCUGCAACAACAUAAACCACAAAAUCAUACGACUUAAUUCAAAGAAGAUACUUGUUCUAUUACAGACAGCUUUCAGCCAGGCAUGGAAGAAGAAUUGCUCAAACAGCAGAAAAGUCUGCAUUAUGUUACCUCCAACAGAAACACCACAUUUCUGGCAAUGAUGAAAUGAAGCAAGAGGAGGAGGUGCCUGAGAAACAAGAUGUUCUAGUUGAUCUCAGCUGUCAGUGCAGUGGGCCAGCGGGAGUGGAUCUGUACAGCAAAACAGUUGAUCCUGAAGACCUUACAUUCGUGAUACGCUAUUUCAGGAGGAUGUUCAGUUUGUGCUCUCUGAGACUGCUCAGCUAUAUGAACCAGGAAGUGUUCCUUCAGAAGAAGGAGGAAUAGUCUACUGACUUAAGAGUGAGAAACGAACAGCUGGUUGAACAGUACUUACCAAUGUUCUUUCCAAGCAGCUGGAACCAGGAACUGGAAUCAAAAAACACACUGUCCACACCUGCUACACUGGGGACUGAAAUCUGUGCAUCCAUACUGCUGCUGAGAAUGCGGAUAAAGAGAACAGCACAGCCUAGCAUGAGAAAGUCAUAUGUUCUCAGAAUCUUCUAUCAACUCUUAGAGUCUCAAGGGAAGAAUAACUGGAAACACAUGCAGUGCAGGGAGGAUUGUACAGUGCUGAUCCAUGUUGAGGAGAUCUUUCACAAUGUACCAUGGAAGGAGUUCAAAAAUACCAAUUUGAAGAGGAUAAUAGCUGUUACCUCUGACACUAAAGGAAAUACAGUCUAGCAUGUUGCAUUCUUCACAGAUAAGACUUUAGCAAUUUGAGAACAACGUAAACCAAUCCAGUAAACAUGUUAAUGAAAGCACCCCUCUGAUUAAAAUAGCUUAGUAGGGUGAUCAUGUGGAAAUUUUAACACAGCUUAUAAAAAGCAAAUAAAUGACACAACACUUCUGUAUUGGUUUCAGAUGAGCACUGUGCUGGAUCUCGAGAUGGAAGUUUGAACUUGGUGGCAGUGUCCCAGUAGGCCCAGUGCAGCUGUUGGACUUUGACAAUAUCAAUAUUUUAUUGCAGUCAUCUUCCAUCUGAAGGAUGUUUCCUGGGACAGGGACCCUAAGGGACUGUGUUGCCAGAAAGCUGCUGGAGGAGUUGGAGAGUGGAGGAAGCAGCUGGAAAAUAAUCCAGAUGAUGAAAAGGCUGGGCUGUGCCAAGAGCUGCUGAGGCAGAAGGAACACUACAACAGAGCUGCCAAGUGCAUUAACCAGGUAAGGCUUCUGCAAGCUGCAAGGCGUGGAUUGGUGAACGGUGAAUUCCUCAUUGACGAAAAAGUUCAAGACACAGCUCUCAGUGAUGUGCACUGCCUUUUGGGAUAGGAAAGGAGUGACCCUUCUGGAUCUCCUAGAACUCAGACCGACACCACCAAGUCUGAAACACUACGUUGCAAUGCUCAUUAAGCUGAAAACUUGAACUUUCAGAUGCAGACCAGAAAAGAAGACAAUCUUUCUCUUGCAAAAUGACAAUGCCCUGCAUCUGUUUGAAUACCACAGAUCACAUUGCCCAUCUUGUCUGGACCAUCCUAGCACAUCCACCAUGUAGUCUGGAUUUGGCACCUCCUGAUUUCUGUAUUUGGGCCAAUGAAAGAUGGACUGCAUGAGCAACAUUUUCCUAGCAACAAUGCCACUAUAGCAGCUGUGAAACACUGUCACCUCCACCGGUACAGAUUUUUAAUGAACACAGCAUUCAGGCUCUUGUUCAUUGCUGGUGAAAAUACACAGCUAAUGGUGACAGCUAUGUUGAAAAAUAUAAUUUUGUAGCUGAUAUUUUAUUCUAUCAAGUGGUGUUAUUGUGCAUUUUGGAUCUGUUCCAGUUUCUGUUUAAAUAAAUAGGAGGCGUUACUUUUGGAGCAACCUACUUGUAUCUUAUGCUUGAAAAUAUAUCUUUCUUCUAAAAGCAACAGUAAAGAUGAGUGUCUUAUACAGCUAUUUUAGGAAUGACGGAUGGAAUGGGGGACAUAUGGAAAAAAACAUGGCCUGCCUUUUGCCAUUUUGGGAAGGGAAAAUUUUUUCUCUCAGUCCUACUCCUUGGCAAUGCAAAGAUAGCAGAAAUCUUGUAUACAGCACUGGAGUUCAAAGUAUAAUGGCUGUGCAUGGAUCACUAGUGUCUCAAGACCACUGAGUAGCAUUUCAGACCUCCUAUGCUUUUCAAAAAUUCUCACAUUUCUGGGACUAUGUAAGCAGGCAUUUCUUCCUGUCUCUGAUUAACUCAUUAAAUGAUACUUGCGAUGUAUAUUACAGCAACAGUUAAUUUGGAAAGAGCUCUGCAGUCCAGGAAGGCAUCUUUUCUUCUUCUUCCAACUUCAUUGUACAUUAUGGAGCAUCAUGACUUCUGAACAAAACUUGCACAAACUCUGGGUCAUGUGAGCAGGAGUGGCUUGGCAAACCACAGCAGGAGUGAGAAUGAAACUCUUGGAAGUCCUGACUUUGGGUUUGUUGGGCUGAUUAGGGAGCGAAACUGAACUGAGAGCAGUAGCUGUUGACUUUAUAAUGGGUAUUAAAUAAAUGCUGGUCACAGACCAGUGGACGUUUUUUGUCAGUCUUUAGUCCAUAGUGGGCUGGGAGGAGAAAGAAAUGGAGAGGAGAAAGCAAGGUGGAAAAAAACAACAUUCCUUUGUAUAGAAAUGAUGAAAGUUACGUUUGCAUCUCAAGAACUUAUUCCAAGAUUGAUGACUAGCUGGAGGAGAGCUGAUGACUUAUGGCAGUAUUUGAAUGUUGCACUGAAUUUAUGUUACUUGGCAACGGUAACAUGCAUUAACAGAGCAGCAUGCCUCCUGGCUGGUCCAGCCUGUGUCCCUUCAAUCAAGCAUACCAAUGUGCCAGAUCUUAUAUCUGAGGCCUCUAUUAAAUUCCUUGUAAAAUUUCAGUGCAGCUGCUUCUCACAAAGUUAAAGGCUAUUUUAACCAUAUUUCUUUUCAGAAAUACUCAUCAUAACUCAGGAAGGACCCUUGCUUUUCUCCUGCAGGGCCACGAAAGGCUUAGCACAUCUGGUGUUAUUAUACCUCCCUGCAGGGUCCGAAGCACUGUGUUAUGCACACUAUGCCAGAAUGGAAGUGAAGUGCUUUUGUUGCAUCCCAGGAAUUUCUCCUUUCCAUCAUAGGUGGGGGACAAAUGUUUCUCAAAGUGUUAAAGGGACAUACAACAGAAAAAAAUCACAAAAAAGAACAGUGCUAACUAGGAAUAGCUGAUCUUCAACAACUUGUUCAAAAGGCUUUCCCUGUUAACUUGCCUGUCUUUCUGUCAAGCCAAUUUGCUUAGGUUGUAUCUUCUUUAACUAUAAGAAAUCUAAACAAAUGAACAGCAAGCAACCAAAGACCCAGCAUUACCUUUGCAGUUGCACCGGGGACUGCUCAGAACAAAGAUAAUCAAAGCAGCUCCAGGCUUCUCCUGGAUGAAUAUGAAGAGACAUCUUCAGUACAGUGGGAAGAGAAUGGAGAAGCAAAUGCCUCCAAACCUGAUGCGGCAACAAAAACAUGGAAAUAAAAAGCUUCUUGAGUGUGUUCUUAACACAACAUGCCUGGUAUAACAAGUGUUUGUUUGAAAAAACACCGAAAAUGCGUUUGGACAGAAGACAGCUGCACUGAAGCCCGAUGCCUCUGGUAGCCAGUGGUGGAGCAGUGAGAAGCUGGUAUUGCUGCUGUGCUUUUACAGGAGAGGCUUGGCUGCAUUAACUCCUAGGAAAACAAGAGCCCAGGCAGCUGGAGCAGAGCCUGGCAAUGGAGGUUGGCCCCACAGCAGCCAGCAGCAGCUCCCCGGCUGGCACCGGCUGGCUGGAUGUCACUUUUGUCACCUGCACUGACACCGUGACUUUCACCGAAGUGCUGGAGGAAGAGGAGUGGAAAUCCUUUUACUACUCCUUUAAGACAGAGCAGCUGGUGACUCUUUGGAUCCUCUUUAUUGUUACUAUUGCUGGAAAUGCCAUCGUGCUCUUCUCUACAUGGAGAAGGAAGCGGAAAUCUCGAAUGACCUUCUUUGUUACACAGCUGGCAAUCACAGAUUCAUUCACGGGACUCAUAAACAUAAUGACUGAUAUCAUCUGGCGCUACACAGGAGAUUUCAUGGCCCCUGACAUCGUCUGCAGAGUCGUCCGCUACUUACAGGUGGUCCUCCUCUAUGCUUCAACCUAUGUCCUCGUGUCACUGAGCAUAGACCGGUAUCAUGCCAUAGUUUACCCCAUGAAGUUCAUGCAAGGAGAAAGACAGGCGAAAGUUCUUAUUGGAGUGGCCUGGAGCCUCUCUUUCCUGUUUUCAAUACCAACUCUGAUCAUUUUUGGGAAACGACAGCUCUCCAAUGGGGAAGUGCAAUGCUGGGCUCUGUGGCCAGAUGAUUCCUACUGGAUCCCCUACAUGACGGUGGUUGCUUUCCUUGUGUACUUCAUUCCUCUGAUCAUUAUCAGUGUCAUAUACUCAAUCGUGAUUCGAACCAUCUGGAUGAAGAGCAAAGCUCAGGCUGUCACUAUAUCCAGCUGCACUGAUGGCAGAACCUCUGCUGGCUACACCAGUCGUGGGUUCAUAUCCAGAGCAAAAGUGAAAGCCAUCAAGUACAGCAUUGUAAUUGUUCUUGCAUUCGCUCUCUGUUGGAGCCCCUACUUUCUGUUUGAUAUCCUGGACAACUUCAACAUCCUCCCCGAGACCAAAGAGCGCUUCUACGCAUCCGUGAUAAUUCAAAACCUGCCGGCCCUGAACAGUGCCAUCAAUCCCCUCAUCUACUGCCUCUUCAGCAACCACCUCUGCACCCCCUUUGAGGAGAGAAGAACACGAAGGUUGGAGGGGACUUUCCGGGACCGGAGUGAUGGAGGGCAGGAGAUGCAGGUCCUGUCCAAACCAGAAUACAUCUAGCACAGGUAAUGCCCUCAGAAGCACAGCAGGACCCAUGCUGAGGAGAGCAGAGGUUUCCCCAAAGGACAGACAGACACCAAGCAUGAACUGACUGGACUGAACCUGUGCCUUGCUGCUGUUGAACAGCACAAGCACUUGGGACCAGCACUGCACCUUCAGCUAUCACACUCUGCCAGGACCAAGCCAGCCACAAGGGCUUUGCAUGCUACUUUUGUGAUGGCUCAUUUUAGCCAUCUGUUUUCAAGCAAGAUGUAACACAUCUGUACUCCAAAUGGCAAAAAGCAAUGUAAACAGUGUCUAGUCAAAGCCUCUCUGUUCUUCAAGAGUCUCUUGCAGCCAUCCAGUACCAUGCAGCUCAUAGAAUUGGUGAAGUGUUUACAAGGUUACAGGAGAGUACCCUGCUUAAAAUGAACCUAGGAACUUUUCAAAUGAGAAUACACCACUGUUACUCUAAGUUUAUGCCUUGGCUUCACGUGCAACCACUGACAAUGCCCUACCAGAAAAGAGGGGACUGUAGGGAUGGAUGGUUCACUCCCUCCCACCUUGCCAUCCUCCCAUACACACCAUCUCUGUAGCUCAUCCUCCCAUUCCCUUGCAGAACUUCCCUGCUAUUUUAUCUUGGUUCCCCUACCUUUACUUGCCAUGACAAAUAUGGGUGAUAAGUUUCUUCUGGGCUACUGUAUAAUAAGAUGUCAGCCAGCCCACCCCAAAUCCUACUGUUCCUCAACUGCUCUGCUGCUCACAUCCCUGUGACAAAAGCCCAAGCAGCCCUUGGGGGAUUCUACGCUCAUGCCACAUGAGUACAUUUAACAUACAGGACACUCCAGCAGUGCAGAUCAAUCUUUCCACAACAUAAAGGUAUUUCUCCCUGUCUACAUAAGAGAUGAUAUAUAGCUCUAGAUUCUCUACAUAAGAGAUAUAUCUAGAGGUAUUUCCCUCCCUACAAAAAUUUUUAAUGUCCCUUAAAUUAUAGAGGGAACCGUAUACAUCUUUAGAGCAGCUCAAAGCUGGAGAAAAGCAUGGGUUAAAUUGUAAAACUCAAAUUAUAUUUUUAAAAAUUACUGGCUGAUGUUCCAGUCUUAUAAAUUCAUUGUGGGGUUCACAGAGUACCAGGCAGCACCCUGUGGCACAGUAUCCUGAGCUGCUGGACAUCCCUUCCCUCAAACCCUUGAGUUUGAAUACAAAUGUUCUCAGUGUUUUAGCAACUGAGUGAAGAAUAUGAACGUCAAUGCUUAUUUUACCGUAGGUCAGCUUGAAUUGUUUGCAUGAUGAUGUGCUCUCACCAGCUGCACAGCAUAGUUUUGCUUCUCCCUGUGGAAAAUUUGCAUCCUUACAUGAGUCUGUUUAAACAGGUUUGUUGUUUUUUUAUUUUAUGAUGCUGCUGCUUCACACUGAGUUUAUUCCCUGCGAAACAAGAACUGAAUAAAAUUUACUUCAUUACCUAUGUUACAAAAAUGUUUUUUCCUAAGCAGAGGAUAUAUAAAAUCAUGUGGCUUUAUGUUCUUAGGAAAAUGAGUAGGGUUUCUCUUUUUAUUGUUAUGAAGUUCUGUCGCAUAUAAAUGUUGGUGUUAAAACCAGCUUAAUUAAAACCAUGAAUCCACACCACCCUUUGCAACCCCUACCUAUGUAUAUAGACUGUCUAUAAGAACCAGAAAACUUUUUUGUAGGCAUCUCAUAACAUUUCCAUUAGUGGACUGCUUGGUUUAAUCUUCAUAAUGAUGUUGGGUUUUUUUCCCCCCCCACACUAUUUUUCAUCUGACACAAUUACACCAGUUGCCUACUUUUGAGCAUUCAAUGCAGUUUGCAGACUUAAUACCUGGAAAUCAGAUACUUUUUUUAUUAGUACUUUGGUUUGCAAACUUACAUGCCUCGGUCAUCGUCCACACUCCCCCUCCCAAGACAUAUAUAUUUGGUCAGCAUAUGGAUUAGCCCACCAAAAUUAAACAUAUUCAUAAAUAAAUGUAGGAAUCCAGCCUUGAAUGGAGUCAUUACUCACUUAUUUUUCAAAGAGAUGGUAUCUUUCAAGCACUACUGCGUCAGGUGCCAUUUAUAUGUUGUUCCUGUCACUUUGCCUGGGGCCCUGACUGCAAUUCCCUUCUCCAUUAGGAGACAUUUCUCUUUAAAUAUCCUCCUGUAUUUCACUUGUCUGCACCCCUUCCAAGCAUGUAUUCAGAAAUAAUUUUUCCCAUUUUCUUCCUGCUUCAUUCCUGUGUAGCACAGGCAAAUUUGCUAAGCUCUUAUGCUUUUUUGUUGUUGUUGUUGGAAGAUAGCAUGCAUUAUACUUAAAAACUAAAAAAAGAACUGAUUUUUGCCAUUAGCCCACAAAAUACAUUCACAGUCCUUUGUCUCAUGAGUGAAUAAUUUGGCAGCUUUCAUUUAACUCUGGUGGAUUUCUAAUUUCGUGUCCACAACCCACUCUUCACCUGUUGAUUUAAUUGUGAUGCAAUUGUUAAGAAAGAUCCCAGAGUAACCAGCAGAGGUAAUAAAUGGCAACGCCAGGGUCCGGAUGCCAAGAGACAGAGUCUGGAACAAAAGAAUGUGGCACUCAGUUGGGUUGUUGCCUGUGACAGUCUGUGAGUUGUGCGUUGCAUCUUCUCUGACACUUCAAGACCCAGCUGAGAGAUCCUUCUGACGUGCCCACAGUAACCAUAGAUGUCAACAGGCA